AUGCAAGAUUAUUCCAACGAUGAAACGUAUGUUCCUGGUGCGAGUGUUCUCGUCAUUCAUCAAAAUGUGACGAUUAUUCGACGCUCCUAUGGCUUUGCGAAUAUCGAAGCGCAAACAUAUGCGACUCCAAGAACAAAUUUUCGAUUAGCAUCAGUGACAAAGCAGUUUACUGCUGCAGCAAUACUAUUACUCAUACAGAAUGAUUAUCAAGCAAUCCAGCUAGACGAUCGAAUUCGAGAACGAUGGUUUCCCGAAUUACCCGAAGUAACAAAGGCUAUGACAGUUCGCCAUUUGCUUACUCAUACAUCUGGUUUGAUUGAUUACGAAGAUAUUAUUCCACCUGGUACUGAUCCUAAUUAUCAACUAUCCGAUGCGGAUGUUCUUAAAAUCCUUUCGACGGAGAAUCAGACAUAUUUCUCACCACCUGGCUCGAAGUAUCUUUACAGCAAUAGCGGUUACACCCUAUUGGCACUUAUUGUAGAACGAGUAUCAGGAAAAACUUUUGCAAGCUUCCUCAAAGAACAUAUCUUUCUACCGUUAGGAAUGAAUGAAACGGUAGCCUAUGAAAAAGAUGUAUCCACUGUGUCUAAUCGAGCUUUUGGUUAUAGUUACCGCAAUCAACUAUGGACUCGAACAGAUCAAAGUCAGACAAGUGCUGUUCUUGGUGAUGGUGGAAUUUAUUCAUCAAUUAAUGAUUUGGAAAAAUGGGAUGUUGCACUGUACGAUAAUCGCCUACUGAACAGCGAAUAUUUACACUUGGCGUUGACAGCAGCAGUACGAACAGAUGACCCCGGAACUCAGUAUGCGAUGGGCUGGCGUGUAAGUGGAGACAUGAUAUGGCAUUCAGGAGAAACCACUGGCUUUCGUAAUGUUAUUCUACGUUUUCCUAAACACAAUUUGACUCAUAUAAAACGAAUUGUGUGGCAAUUACCACAUGUUUCCCCAAUGACCAUUUUAACCAAUGAACAAGCAAUCUACUAUUUAUUAUCUGAGAAAGAUAUUUUAAAAGAAAUCCAAAAAAUAAAUCGAGAUGUUAGCGAAAUACUCGGUUUACAAUCAACGACACUAGUGCGUUUACUACUAAGUCAUUUCCAUUGGGAUCAAGAUCUAUUGACUGACCGCUAUUGGGACGAUCCGGAUCGAUUAUUUCUUAAAGCAAAACUGCCUAAUCCUAAUUCUUCACCAAUAGACUUGACUCCUGCAUCACCCGCGCCAAGUGAUGGAUCGGAUCCUAAUCUUGUCACGUGUAAAACUUGUUACUCAGACAAACCUCCGAACGAGUUUUACUCUUUAGCAUGUAAUCAUAAGCAUUGUUUACCAUGUUGGCGGCUAUAUCUUCAGUCAUGUUUGGCAAAUAUUACGAAUGUCAAGAAAAUUUCGUGUCCAUCGAAUUGUAAUCAAAUUGUUGAUGAUGAAGAAGCUUUGAGAUUAUUGAAACAUGACGAACGACUAACAAAACGUUAUGAACAAGUUAUGAUCAAUUCGUAUGUCGAUACCAAUCGCUUAACGAAAUGGUGUCCCGGUAAUUCCUGUUCGACUCUAGUCAGAAUCAAUUCUCACUUGACAGAUUGUGCGCAAAUGAUCUCAUGCGAUGUGUGUAAAACAACAUUUUGUUUUCAUUGCUCAAAGCAAUGGCAUGAUCCAAUUCAAUGCAGUUUGUUAGUUAAAUGGGAGAAGAAAAAUCGAGAUGAAUCAAUGACCAGUGAAUGGCUGAUCGCAAAUACUAAAGAAUGUCCAAAUUGUCAUGCAAGUAUUGAGAAGAACGGUGGUUGUAACCAUAUGACUUGUCGAAAGCCAGGAUGUGCUCAUGAAUUCUGCUGGAUAUGUUUUGGUCCUUGGAAAGAUCAUGCCACACGCCAAUGUAAUGUCUUUCGAGAAGAUGGCGUCAAUAGCAAUCAAUUAUCAGCUCGCGAAAAUCUAGCCCGGUACAUGCAUUAUUUCACUCGUUAUCAAGCACACAAUCAAUCGCUCGAAUUAGAGACAAAUCAUUCUAAUCAAGUUGAACAACGCAUCCAAGAAAUGCAAGCGGAAUCGAAAACGUUCACCGAGCAACAAGCAACAUACAAAGCAUUUGAUGUUCUUCAACAAUGCCGUCGAACAUUGAAAUAUACAUAUGCAUUUGCAUAUUAUUUGUAUCGAAACAAUCAAGCCGAAGUUUUCGAACAAAAUCAGGCUGAUCUAGAACGAGCAACCGAAGCCUUGUCCGGUUUCUUAGAGGCCGAAAUCGAUGCGGAGAAGAAUAUCUCCAUUCAAUUAAUGGAUAAAACUCGAUAUUGUGAUCAACGAAGAAAAAUCCUCAUUGAUCACUGUAAAGAAGGAUACUCCGAGCAUUACUGGGCUGGCUUGGAUGCUUAUUGA